ACAAAACUGUUACGUUCCAUGCGGUAUCUCCCACAAAGAGGUGCAUCUUUUUGUUGUACACUGUUUAAAAUAGGUGACCACAUUUUUCAUCGGAUCUGAAAUGCUGAACCACGAGAUUCAUGAUCUGGAAUCUGGGAUUCGAAGAUGCCUGGAGUACCAUCCACCUUGAAAAUAAUAGUGCAAAAACACUAUGGGAUAAAGACCCAAUGAAAUAUAACUUGGAGCUUUGUGGCUUUUAGCCUAUGUCUGUUAGCAUUAAAGUGAUAGUUCACCCAAAAAUUUAAAUUCUCUCAUCAUUUACUCACCCGCAUGUCAUCCCAGACAUGUAUGACUUUCUUUCUUGUGCAGAACGCAUUUUCAGAAGAAUAUUUAAGCUCUGUAGGUCCAUACAAUGCAAGUGAAUGGUGACCAGAAUUCAGAAUCCAAAAAGGACAUAAAGGCAGCAUAAAAAUAAUCCAUAUGCCUCUUGUAGUUAAAUCAGUGUCUUCAGAUGCAAUAUGAUAGGUGAGUGUGAGAAACAGAUCAGUGUUUAAUUUUAUUUAUUUAUUUUUUAACUAUAAAUGUCCACCUUUGACCAGCCCCUACUAGUAGGAGGCUGAAUGUGAAAGUGUAGAUUUAAUGUUUAGAUGUAAAUAUUGUCCUGUUUCUCACCCACACUUGUCAGAUCACUUAUAAAGAUAUUGAUUUAACCAGUGGAGUUUUAUGGAUUACUUUUAUGCAGCCUUUCUGCCCUUUUUGCACCUUCUGAUUUCUGGUCACCAUUCACUUGCAUUAUGAGGACCUACAGAGCAUAUAUCGUAAAAUGCACGUGGAGGACUCCAAAUAAUAUGUGCAUGUAGCCUAUUGUUUUAAUUUAAUUUAAAUUAGGUGCAUGGAUUUCCCUGUCCCCUUUGGCAUAUCGCGGCGCUGUUUCACGGCCGGCCCACCAGGAAAAGUACCGGUUCUCCCUAUGGCCAGUACGCCCCUGAUUCCAGUGAUAUCAGUAACCCAAUAAAAGCUGUUUAAUUUUACAUGGAGCAGAUCGCCCCCUCAUGGGCACUGCCAUGUUGACAGCACAUGACAACCUGUGUCAAGCAAUUGAGUUACUACCAUUAAUAAUGGCAAUAUAAGCAAACCAAACAAUAAAAAAAAAAACCCCACAAUAUACAUACUACAAACAACAAUGGAGCCCAAGUCAACAGUACAGUCCAGAGACCUGUUGCAGAAAGCCCAUUUCCAUGGCUACCCAGCCCCUGUGCAGUCUUAUCAGCCUGUCUCCCCUGGGCAGCCCAGAUGGAUACUCAGCCAGAAUGAGGAACCAGAAUCCCUUGAAGAGAUCCAGCAGGACCAGAGCCAAUGUGAACAACAUCCGCACAUAAAACCAGAACUUGAGUACUCUGCCAACAAUUACCAAGAAUCUGCAGCUAAUGACAAUGAGGACUCGCAGUGUGCCGAUCACACUGAAACAAGUCCUGUUGAUAAUGAGAUGAUAAACUGUAAUUUCUCAACCAAAGUCAAAGCUGAAUUCAUAAACUCUGGCUUGUGUUCACGCGAUUCUGAAAGGAGCACUGAAGAUCCAUAUCAGAGUUGGUCAUCACAUAGUCCAGGCCUGCCUUUAGGUACAGCGGACCUCUACAGAGUACAUAACUCGAAUCAGCCAACAAUCAAUACCAAUGAAGCUCCGCCCACAGGAUCCCAGCAUAGUGGUUUAUCUCAAGAUCCUCAUUACUUUUCAUAUCACAACAUAUUAUGUACCAACAGUUCCUACUGUAACAGUAAAUGCUGUGAAAUGCAAAAGAGGACAAUAGCCAAAUCAAGCCCUGUAUGGAGGUAUUUCUCUCUGAAAGAGGGAGAUUGUAGCAAAGCAGUGUGUCUUAUGUGUAAAGCCAUCAUAUCCCGUGGUCGGAAAGAGUACACAACAUCUGCUCUUUUAAAGCACCUUCGCAUGAAACAUGGUAAAUGUUGACAUUGGAAUUUGCCCUCUGAUGUAUUUUAUGUGCUCUAUUAAAUUCAGCUGCAGCUCAGUCUGUUCAACUACCUUUAUAAAGGUUACAUUCAUCUUC